AUGAAUUAAAUUUAAAUAUUUAUUGGGAAUGAUCAUGCAGCUUUAGAAUAUAAAAAUAUUUUAUUAGAAUAAUGCAAUAAAAAGGGAUAUUAAAUAAAUGAUUAAGGAACAAACACAAACUAAAGUUGUGAUUAUAAUGAUUUUGCAGUUAAUGUAUGUAAUGAAGUAAUAAAAACAAAUGGAAUUGGUAUAUUAAUAUGUGGUAGUGGUAUUGGUAUCUCAAUUAUGGCAAAUAAAGUUAAAGGAAUUCGAUGUGGAUAAGUGAAUGACUAUCAUUCAACAUUAUAAGCAAUAGAAAUAGGUUGUAAUGUCAUUUCUUUUGGUGCCAGAACUGUAGGUAUUGAAAUAGCUAAAUAAAUUGUUGACACUUUUCUUUCUUAAUAUCACAAAAUCGAUAAUAAUGAAGUAGAGAAAGAAAUUUAAGGUUUUGAAGAAGAAAAUUAUAGAAAAUGAUUAAAUAAAUUAAAAAUAUCAA